CAAAUCAGCAGCUGCGAAAAAUUGCUUAUUGUGCAAAUAAGUACUCAGAAAUAUUUUUUGUAAUAAUGAAACUUUAAACGAUUAUAAUCGAAACAAUUUAAAUUACAUUUUAUUUAAAAAUUAAUGUGUUUUUAUAUCACUUAAAAUUGUACUUAUAAUUUUAAGUAAUAAAGUAUUUGAAAUUCGAUUUUAGAUCAAUUAAAAAUUCAUAAUGCUACCAGAAAAAUCCCGGUUCAUAGUGUAUGCAUUGGGAAUAUUCUUUUGUUACUUUUAUUAUGGUAUUAUACAAGAAAAAGUUACACGUGGACGAUAUGGAACUCAAAUAAAUCCUGAUGGAACAAUUGGAGAAAGAUUUACAUUGACGUUAGCACUAGUAUGGGUACAAUGUAUUUGCAAUUGGUUAUUCGCAAAAGCGAUGUUAUUUGUUAAACCACAGAAAGAAGACACAACACAUUCUGGAUAUUAUGCAACGUGUGCUCUUACAUAUUUAUUAGGUUUCGUUAGCUCAAAUAUGGCGCUAAGGUGGGUACCGUAUCCUACUCAAGUUGUAGGUAAAUCUGCUAAACCAAUUCCUGUAAUGAUAUUGGCAGUUCUGGUUGGUAAAAAAUCAUAUCCUUGGCUAAAAUACUUUUGUGUCUUAAUUAUUGUAACUGGAGUAGUAAUGUUCAUGUAUAUCGAUGGAAAAUCUAGUAAGCAAAUAAAUGAAGAUAAAGUUGCUAUUGGUGAACUAUUAUUGUUAAUGAGUUUAUCAAUGGAUGGUAUGACAGGGGCUGUACAAGAAAGAAUGAGAGCAUCAAGUGCACCUUCUGGUCAGCAAAUGAUGUUAGCCAUGAAUUGGUGGAGUGCAUUAAUUUUGGGUGCAGCACUAAUAUUUACAGGAGAAGGAAAAGAUUUUGCUGCUUUUGCUGUUCGACAUCCAAAUAUGUUAGUUCAUUUAGGUACUUUGGCUCUCGCUGGAGCACUCGGACAAUUGUUUAUAUUUUUAAUGGUUUCAUGUUUUGGUCCAUUAUCAUGUUCAGUGGUUACAACAACUAGAAAAUUUUUCACAGUUUUAUGUUCUGUAAUAUUAUUCGGAAAUGUUUUGAGUAUGAGACAAUGGUUUGGUGCCGUUUUAGUUUUUGCUGGUUUAUUCGCCGAUAUGUUUCUUGGAAAAAAAUCACAUUCCCAUAUUAAACCACUUCCAAACAAUAAAUCACUAAAAAAUGGGGAUGAAAAAAAUAAACUAUUAUCAUAGCCCGAAGAAGUUUUUGUUUAGAUUAAACUUUUUUUUUUUUAUUUUCAAUAAUUUUUUUAGUUAAAAUUUUCAAAAUUUUGUUGUCUAAGUAUUUAAAUUUUUUAUAUUUUUAAGUAAAUCUAUAAUUUAACGAACAAUAUUUAUUUAAAUUAAAGUAUAACUGAAAAGAAUUACUUUAAAAAAAAUAAAUAAAAUAAGUAUAAAUUAAAACUAAAAAAACAAUGUUUUCUAAAAUAAUUUUUGACUAGAUAGAUUAAGAAAGUAAUCAAAAAUGUAAAGGUACCUUCAUUCUUCUUUAAAAAUUUGGUUUUUUUUUUCAAAAUUUGAAAUAUUAAGUAAUUGUACAAAGUACUAAUUAAAAUAGUAAAUUAUAGAAUUGCAUUUAAAAUAUCGAAUAUUAAAAAAAUUUAAAAAAAUGUUUACACACUCUACACUCUCUACAUGAAAUUAAAUAAUUUUAUUUACAUCCUGAUAAAUUAACAUAUGUAACCUAAGAUCCUUUUGUCUUCCAAGCUAAGUCAUAAUUUUGAUUUUUUUCUGAUUUUUCAAUCGUUGGUUAAAGUUGCCAAAACGAUGGUAAUUGUUUUUUUUUUACAUGAUUUGAUUAAAAUUUGAUGAGAAUUCGAUUUGCCACCGUAAAUAAAUUUAGUUGAAUGGAAAAAAAUCUAAUAAAAUCUAAUUCUCAUCAAAUUUAAAUCGAAUGACUAAUGUUUAUUACUCAAAAAUAUACUAUUAAAUCCAUUUCGAAGAAAAUUAUUAAUUAGAUCAGCUAUAAUUUCAAUAUUAUGUUUUAAAUUUUCUAAAUAUUUUAAAUUAAAAUCUAUAAAUUUAUAUAAAAUACGUAAAAUUCCUUUAAUGUACAAUAAAGUUAUACAAAACAAAAUGUUUAUAUAAUACUUAGCGUUUAUAUGUCACAGCUUUAAGUGUACUA